GCUGCGCGUGCCUUGUUACGUUACGUUUUAUUGUCUUCCGCAUUCUGGAGCGUUUUAUAGAAUUCGGCCCAUUUCAUCAGAGGAUAUCAUACUACUUCAGAGUUUGAAUUUACAUUGGAGUUACACCUGAAGACGACUGGAUGGCUUUAUACAGUUCAAGAGUUGCUUGCUUAAAUAAUUGCUAUUUCGUCGCUUGAUUUCUUUUAAUUUUUCUUUUACCACGAAAUGCGAAGUCCAAAAUAUCAUGGUGGAUAGUAUAAAAGCAACUUUUGUAUUGGUGCGAACUUUGUCAUAAGAGCGUAGACAGUUUACUAUUCUCUUCGUAAUGAAAAACCAAAAACACGCUCUUCUUGUCCUGGCGGUCAUCUGUAGUGUUCUGCGCCCGUAUGCUGUCGCCAAGGCUCAGCGAAACGAAGUGCCGAUAAAUUGUGCCAGUGAAAACAAACAACACCAAACUUGUUCAGUUGUUGACCAAGGUGCAAUACUGUCUGUGUCACUGCACAGGCAGUUAUCCAAUAGUGAGUGUGUGGAGAGCAGCACAUUUGGCAUAGACUAUAACAUACACACAGGAAGUAUGUGGGUGUCCAACGGUUGCAGAGGAGAUUUCAUUGUUACAACUGUAAGUUGUGAUCUUGGCUGGAUGUACUUUAAUGGUCAGUGCUACAAGCGAGUGGAGGCCAACUACUCCUGGUUACAGGCAUUUGACAAUUGCAUUGAACAUGGUGCACACCUGGCAUCAAUCCACAGUAGAGCCGAACAGGACUUCCUGGUGGAGAACGUGCUUAAUGGUGCCAGUGGCCGGUACUGGUCAGGUUUACACCUGUUCAGUGGUCACUGGUGGUGGCAGGACCGUCCUGAGCCUGUGGACUUCAACACGACCUUCUCCAACUGGAUGAACAACAAGGGCGAGAUCAGUGAGCUCAAUGGCAGGUGUAUGGUGCUGAAAGGAUCCAAUUGGAAGUGGGAAGACAGGAGAUGCCAUGACAGCCAGAACAGCCUAUGUCAGAUUUCUGUCUGUGGCAGUGGUCAGAUGCUGAACCAAUCUACAGCCUGUGAGCUGGACCAUAACAUUCUCAGCAGUAAUAGUUCAUACCCUGGCAGUGCAUUUGAUCCAGGUGAUCUAAAAGACCGGAUGCCCUACCAUAAUAUUUCCCUGGGUUUGACCCCUCCCCCUGAUGAGCACUUAUAUUUGAUCAACACAAGUCCAGUGAGGACAGGAGAGGAAGUGACAUUUCUGCUGUUUGCAGAGGCGGCAUCUGGCGGCAGCUACAUCUCAGACAUGGGCAGUGGCGGUCAAACUUGGGUGGACAUACCAGUGCCCACUGACAAUCAGUCACUCCACCAACUCAUUCCUACUUGGGUGCACUUACCGUUUGAUCCAGCAGAUGCUUUGAUAUCAGCGUUCACGCAUACUUUUUCUGAAGCUGGCACGUAUGAUGUUCAAGCGAAACGCAAUGCUUCUGGCGAGUACUCACAAUUAGUGGUGGUGACGCGGGUUGUAAUACAACACACACUCUGUCUGCCACCGCCAGUCAUCAUCCGAGGCGGAGGACUGGGUAUAAAUGCCACCAUGCCGUACCACAAGAAGGACAGGAUCUCACUGACAGGCAAUAUCAAUAUAACCUGCAGUGAUGUGAAGAGGUCCAGUUUCCAUUGGUCAGUUUAUACAGUGGGCCGUGCCCAGGACAUCAUUGACCAGUCUAAUAUGCUGCUGCUGCCAGAUUCUGUUGCUACAUCUAAGCCUCAUCUAGACCUCCCUAGGUAUACCUUACCUGCUGGAAUGUAUGUGGCGGAGCUACAGGUCACAUUGCACACCAGCACAGACAUUGUGAUCAGCUUAAACCAGACAUGGUUCACAGUGGUGCCAUCUACAAUUCUGAAUGCUGUCAUCACAGGGGGCAGCAUGGUCACUGUAGGUUCAGAACAGGUGAUCAGGAUCAAUGCCUCCCUGUCUGGUGACCCUGAUGUCAAAGGGGUAGACACACAGCUCAAGUUCCAGUGGUUUUGUACGUUAGAGAGCCAAGAUUUCCCUGAGAACCUCACUGCUGAGACUGGGAGUUCUGGAGGCUGCACUGGCCAAGGCUACAGUAUUGGUGGGAAUUCAUCUGUGCUGGAACUGCCCCCAGGAAUACUGCCAGCAGGACAGAGCUACGUGUUCAGGGCACUGGUCACCAAGGACGGUCACUCUCCAGCCUCUGCUGACCAGCAGGUCAAAGUCAUGGCAGGGGAGCCACCACAGGUGAGGAUUACCUGCAGACAGAAUUGCGACACCUACCUGAACCCCAGCCAGCGCCUGUCACUGACCACCAGCUGUGACCGCUGCCUUGACCUGGACACCCUGACCUACACCUGGUCACUGGUCCCCCAGUCACUGACCAACACCAGGCAGGCACUGGACUGGAGGCUGGACACAAUGACCGGUGGGAACAAGAAGAACUUGGUGGUCAGAGAGAAUGUAUUCAGUGCUGAUGUGGAGGAGACUUAUAGUUUGAGACUGGAGGCCUACAGCAGGUCCAGCGGGUCAACAGGUCAAACAGAGUAUCAGUUCUCCACCAACUCUCCCCCUACCGCUGGUCAGUGCACGGUCAGUCCAAGCCAGGGGACGGUCCUGGUCACCAAGUUCUCCAUCCAGUGUACAGGGUUCCUGGACAGCCACCUGCCACUGCACUACGAGUACAGAGCCAAGGUGAACAACAGGGAGGGCUUGCUGUAUUCUGGGCUAGAGUCCACCAUGCCAGCCAGUUUUCUGCCCCUGGGGGACAAGAGGAGGGGGUAUAGAUUAGAUCUGAUGGUCACUGUGAAGGAUUCGUUCGGGGCUAGCACCUUCAUGGAACUGUUUGCCAAGGUAGAGGAGGGUCAGAUGGACAACACGGCCCUGACUGGCCUGACAUCUGGUGAGAACUCCACUCUGAGCACACUACUGCUGUCUGGGGACACUAGCGCUGCCACACAGCUCAUCUCUAGUGUCACCUCACUGCUGAACUCACAGAGUGAGAAACAGACCGACACACCAGGGGUGUCCAAGCUAGAGAGACAACAGCUGCGUACCAGUCUGGUGGAGUCCCUGCUGACUGUUGAAGUGGAGACUGUGGAGUCUCUCCAGCAGACGUCAGCUGCCCUAGAGAGUAUCACGCAGGUGACGGAGGAGCUGAGCGCAGAGGCUCAGGUCAGUGCCGCCACCGCCUGCAAGGAGCUGUCCGCCUUCCUGACCAGUGAGGCUGGUGCUGAGCUGGACACCAAGACACUGGAGGACACAGCUGGUAUGAUAGUGUCAGGUCUGUCCAAUGUGAUGACAGCUGCCACUCCACUGGUCAGCAGUGUCAAUGGCUCUCAGGGUGACACAAGACCGUCUGGUGACAUUUCACAGGAAGAUCUCGAAUUGAGUAAGAAUGUCACCCUGGCAACAAUGACAGCCCUGCAGGAUGUCAAGUCGGCUGUCCUGAGGACUAAAGUGACCGGUGAGGAACCCACUGUGGUCAGUACAGAUUCUCUUAGCAUGGCACUCAGCAAGGAGACUCCACAGGAUCUUAUGGGAGGGACAGUUACAGAUUCAGGUUCAUCCAGCACUGAUGUUUCCUCUACCUCCAGAGUGGAAUUUCCCCCUAGCCUGCCCCUGAACACUAGCCUUAUUGAUGAAGUGGACAUUGAGGUGUCAGCUGAUUUCUUCUUCUUAGAUAGAGCAUGUGCUUUGUUCUGUAUAAGUAAAUGGAAAACAUAG